CAAUGUUAAGAGGGCGGGAAAGGACGCGCUUCUCAGUCCGUGCAUGCGUGCGCGCGUGUGGAAGCUGGCUUGAAAUUAAUCUCAAAGGGAGGCAAAGCCAUGCGACCUUUCUCACCUCAAGAGACUCCAGUCGCGUGGCCUGCGCUUUGCUCCCCCUACCCCCUACAUCCCUUGGCAAGGGCACAAUGCCUCAUUAGAAGGUCGAGACAGAAAAAAAAAAAAAGCUCGCAGCAAUUAUACCCGAGUUGAUUGUGUGUCAUACAAAGGAGCCACUUCCAUAAGUCUCAAGUACCUAUAGACGACGGUACGUCUGUAAUUGCUUGUGCGCCUGUUGGCUUCGGGCGCUCGCGACCGACCCAGCGACUGCAGCGCCACGUGGCGGGAAGGAGGAGAGAGGGAGGAGUGGAGGAAGAGGCCAGCCGUGUCGCCGUGUCGACCUUCACACUUAGACCCUGGCAGAGUGCCCGUGCGCCGGCCCACAGUGGCAGAGACCUACUCGUUUCCAUGUCAUUGCUCCUUUCAGCUCUUUGGUGUCGCCUUGAGAGUGAGAUGCUGGCGAGGCAGCAGAAGAGGAGCAGGAAGGUGUGGAGAGUUUCCUGCCUGGGCGAACAGCAAUGGCAGCCACUUUGCCAUCUACAGAUGUUCAUUCCUAAUGAUUCUGUUCGGUUGCAGAUGUUGUACCUCACAUUUCUGUGGCUGGAGGCUGUGGACAAUGAGGACCACACAGAGGAGGCGCCAGCACUGGGAGUGGACUCAAAGACAGAGCUGCUGGUCAAGAAGAGGUCAGCAAGCAAUGAGAGUGUUGGCAAGCGCGAUGAGAAGCCAGAAGACAAGAAGGAAAACAGCUUGUCUUUCAGCAACACUAACUGUGAUGCAGGUUCAAAGAAGGAAGAACUGUCUAAAGGAGAAAAGCCUGUUGUGAAAGCAGAAGAGAAGGAAAAAGAAAUCAGAGAGAGUGUGCCCCAGCUGACCUUACCACUAGAGAAAGUAGUUGUGAAAGAAGAGAAAGAUGCCAUCAAAGAGGAGGACAAAGAAGAAAAGAAGAAAGAAGGGAAAGAUGAUGAAGGUUUGGAAAAAUACCUGGAGAGCAGUGACACUGUUGUCAUCUAUCCAGAACCUGUCAGUGACCAUGAUGAAAACAGCACAGCAGAAGAUGCUCAAGGAAACACAGAAGAGGAGUACACUCUCAAAUGUGUGCACUGCACAGAAACUUUCGUCCGUGCAUCUUUGUUACGCGACCACAUGCGAGCAGUUCACCCUGACAUGCCAGUCAAGUAUCUAUGUCCAAAGUGUGAUGACACCUUUCUUCUGAAAUCACAUCUAGACAAGCACUUGGCUUUGCAUUCUCCUACAUCACAGGUUUGCAAAGUGUGCAACAAAAUGUUUGCUAACGUGUACCGGCUGCAGCGACACAUGAUCUCUCAUGAUGAGAGUACAGACCUACGGAAAUUCAAGUGUCCAGAAUGUGGGAAGGCCUUCAAAUUCAAGCAUCACCUCAAGGAACACAUCCGUAUUCAUUCAGGCGAGAAACCAUUUGAGUGCGCCAACUGUGGAAAGAGGUUCUCGCACUCAGGUUCAUACUCAUCACAUAUGAACUCCAAGAAGUGCUGGGUGCUAAACAUGAAGGGACGGCGAAUGGACCGGAAUGGUAACACUGCUGACAACACAGCCAGUAGCCUAAUGUAUCAAUCUGUGGGCAUUGGCUUUUCCCAGUCUGCAUCUGGCGGAGGAGGAUCUAUGCAGUCCUCACCCCCAGGAGCAUAUCCAAGCCAGUUCCUCAAGUAUGAUGCACGUGGAGCUGUUGUUCCCACCCUGUACUCUCCUCCCAUGACCAGUGCAGGGUUUGGAGCAUACAGCAUGUUGGGGGUGGCUGCUGGAAAGCAUUUGCCUGUUCCAGUGCCUGCCCAUCAUCAUCCUCACUCCCACCCUUUGCUAGCUGCAAGUCUUCCUGCUCCACCGAUAGCCUGCCCAAAACUUCCCGAUAUGCCUCCCUCUCCUGCUUACUCCCGUACCCAGAUAUCCCCUGAUGUUAAUUUUAACACCCAGCUAUUUAAUCCUGCUAGUGGAGAGAAAGUUCUGGCCCUCAACAAAAGCAGCUCUAAGGAGCAAGACUCGAACAGCUUUGAUAUGGACAAAGUGAAAGUGAAGAAGGAAAAUAUUGAUGAAGCCAUCAAAGAAGAAGUCGACCAAAAAGACACUGCAGAUUCUCCUGAAAGAAAUUGAACCAAAGACAGUUUUGCUUGUCGUUACUGCACCACAGACUUCAAGAGCCCUGUUGAGCUCCAUCAACACGAACGUUAUCUGUGCAAAUCCAAUAAGGAUGUUAUUCUGCGCAUGCCAAACACUGCUGAAGCCCCAGCUACAGCUGCUGCUGCCACAACACCAUCUUCCAGCCAAGGGGAUGCCUGCACAUCACCCUGUAGUGCAACUUCUAGCUCUGACGUGAGCCAUCAAGCCACCCCCAAUGGUAGCUUAUGUGACACAGCGACUGAGGAUGAGGAGAGUGAGGAAAUGGAUGGAAAGAAGUACCGCAUGCGCUCACUUAUAAGUGAGGAUCAGCAAAGCAUUCUCAAGACCAGGUAUCGGGAAAACCCCCGUCCAAACAAGAAUGAGCUUGUGUUGAUUGCUACAGAAGUAGGGCUGUCCAAACGUGUUGUCCAGGUGUGGUUCCAAAACAUGCGUGCCAGGGACCGGAGACGUGGCAAAGAAGUGCCAUACUUCCCCAACAUGGCUCGAUACAAACUGACAGAGAGUGGCCUUUCAACCACCACAACUACAACCACAACUUACAGCAUCCUGCAUUCCAGCAUAUAUUCCCAUUGUCCCACAGAUAUUUUCUUCAUCCACCUUAAUAAUCUUGUCACUGAUGCCUGCACACCCACCAAAUUCAAUGGGUGUUUACACAGGCCUUCCCCAAGUUCUCAGGCAGCAAGUGGAUCAUCAGAAAUGCCUCUUGACCUAAGUGUGCGUAAGCAACCACCUCGUGCUCACAGCAACUCAUCAUCACCAGCACCAUCUGUAUCACCAUAUCAGUUCCAGGAUCAGGUACUUAAUCUUAGCACCAAAUCACCAUCAGCAAAUGCAACCACCAAAGAGGAACCAACCUCUGAUACCCCCAACACCAUAAAACAAGAGACAAACAGUGUCCUUUCAGCUGUAGACAGCAGCAUUCGAUUUCAGAAGUCCUUUAUUUACAAAUAUCUCAAACAGGAAGGUCUUUUUAAAAGUAAUCUGAAGGCUCUUAAGGACGAAGGCACAAAAAAGUCAGUGUCUCCUUCAGAUCGUCACCAGAUGGCAAUGAACAUCCGCUCACAGCUCUUGGCCAUGAAGAACUCUCCGUCAAAGACCAAUGGGCAUGCAAAUGAAGAUCAAGAUACUUCAAUAGAAGAGCAAGCGGAAGGAGAUCAGAGGAAGGGUGCUGGUGAAGAAAAUGAAUCUAAUCAACACGAUGAUUCGGAUGUGAGUGGGGAAUCUCGGCUUGUCAUCGAUGAAAAACCAGUGAAGAAAGAGGAUGAAGAUAUGGACAAUGAGGAUGAAGACGAUGACUCUACUGAUGAUGAUGAUGAUGAUGAUGAUGAGGAUGACAACUCCAAUUGUGAAGCCGAGUCAAAUCAAGCAUACCUGUCUGGACAGCACAAUCUAGAGACAUUGGCCACUGUGGCAUCACUGGAAGAGAUCAAGCAGCAUGGAGAGAGCAACGGCAAGAGCAAACGCCUGCGUCGCAAAUCGUGGCGCCAGGUAAAUAUGGAAUCAGAUGAAUUCAUCAUGGACCUUGACGAUGCUGUCAGCACCGAGGAUGAGGAAGGUCCACUAAGAAAAAGGCGAAGGUCGUGGAAAGGUCACAAGGUCGAUGCAGAGCUAGGCAUGUAUGCAUGCGACCAGUGUGACAAAAUGUUUAGUAAGCAGAGCUCACUAGCCAGACACAAGUAUGAACAUUCAGGUGCUCGUCCAUUCACCUGUGAGGUUUGUUCAAAAGCUUUCAAACACAAGCACCACUUGACAGAACACAGACGUCUCCAUUCAGGUGAGAAGCCCUUUCAAUGCAAGAAGUGUGGGAAACGCUUUUCCCACUCCGGCUCAUAUUCUCAACAUAUGAACCAUCGCUACAAGUAUUGUAAACCAUCUGAUGGUGAAGAUGAGUAGACCACCCUGCUGCUCCUGACAGAGGAACCAGUUGUCCUCCCUCUUCUGACUUUGCCACCGUCUCAUUCGUUGCAAGAGACUUUUUGAGAAGGACAUUUUCCAUUUUCCCAUUGCUUAAUAUAACAUCUGAGAGAGCUUGGGGACGAUGGGUCUUUAUGGCAUCAACAGUUUUGUUGAGUAUUUUUUUAAACCAUCACAUCAGAGAUUUAUACCUACAUGUGUAUUUUAACCUCCAGUUCACAUUCCUUAAAAUCUUCAAUGACCAAGUAGCUGUACAGAACUGGUGCCAAGAGAAUGUUAUUGGGGUUGUGUACCACCCAUUAACAGAAAUAUUUGUGGACCAAUACUCUUCUCCCUCCCCUACUCCCCAAAUCAGACAAUGAAGCAGUUGGUGUCAGUGGAAAAUGAAAAGGGUAAUAAAGAUGAAGGCAUGAAUAAACAAGUAGUGAGCAAGUCCCAUGAAGAAACUAGAAAAAUAGCUGGGAGAGGCAGUCAUGUCGUGUACAAAACCCUCAAAACUUUGCUGCUGCUGUUUGUUACCAAAUAGCUGACAAGUGCCAAUUCUCUGGUACAGUUUCCAGUUUACAGUUUAUUUCCAAUGUUUAAAAUGUCUCAAUAGUUCAGGGACCACAGUGUACACAAAUCCCUGUUUUGCUCUUAUAUGGUUUCAGAAUUUAUUAUUGUAUUUGCAUGAGUUCAUAACCUGAUACAAAUGUUUUCUCUAAACUUCCGAGCUUCCACUGUAAAUAGUAAACAGACAUUGAGCUCCUGGUGUAUUCUUGGCAUGGUUUGAACAAGAAUGUCAAAUGAUUUUUUUUUAAAAAUUCAUUCCUAUCUGCUAAUUUUCUGGCCAUGUUUCUUGGAACGCAUAUUUUUACUGCUUUAUUGCUAUGAUUACAUAGUUUUACACUUUGAUGUUUAUGGCACUGAGCUUUCUGCUUGUUCACUCCGUGAAAGCUUUGAUCCUUUUUCUUGCCCUCACCCAAAAAAAACCCCUCUCUUUCUGUCUCAAAUGUCCCCCUAUCUCCACUUCGUCUUUUAUUUUUUUUUUUCUUUUAAACCAAAAAGGGAGAAAAUGGACCAAUCAAGCAUUAUUUUAAGCUGUGCAUCUUUGUUGUUUUGUUGUUUGUUACACAUUCCAUUGUAAAUGAGUUGGUAAGAAGACGGUUUCUUUUUUUUAAAAAGUGAAGAAAUGCUAGUAGGACUUUUCAUUUUAAAAACAUUAGGUGAUAUUCAGCAUGUGAGUCUUAUGUGAGUUUUAUAACCUGUGUAAAAAACUUCAAUUGUAGUCAUUCUCUCAGUUACAGAGCAAGAUUUUAAGAUCUGAUUGCCUGAGUCAUCAUCUUUUGUUUAUUUCUUCCCCCAUUUUUUUUUUUUUUGGUUUGAAGUUUCUGUUUGGGGAUUGAAGGGGUCUGUAAAUGUUGUAUUGAGUGUUCCUUUGUCCCGUCAAAAUACUCUUAAUGUUGCUGCUUUCCUAGUGUGUGUGUUUGAGAGAGAGAGAGAGAGGAAUGAAAGCCAGCAUGAGAAAAUCUUAUAAUCCAAAAGAAAUCCGUGAGCUUCCAUGUCUCCAAGACAAGCUGCUUUGAGACAUCCAGGCCAGCUUUUUAGCCUGAAAUCCUCUUUAUUAUUUUUUAAAGACCACACACAGGCUGUUGCUUUUUGCAUAAAUGAAUCAUUGUUUUUGCUGUUCUGUACAAUAAGUUUUAAUUAUCAUAACCAGCAUUACAUUAAAUUCCUAACAGUAUUAUUAAUUUAAGACAAAUCAGUUAUUUUUUACUAAAUGCAUAAGAAAUAAUAACUGUUCGUUGGCAGUAGGAUUAAAAACAGCAUUUGACUGUCUGGAUGAGAACGUAACCUCCUUUGUGAUAGAUCUUACGUUUUUUGGUGCUCGGUUAUCAAUCUAAACCCUAUCCUGGCCAAGACAUCAAUAUUCCCCCAUUCUUUCAAGAAAUCCAACCAUUACAAGUGUGUUAAUACUCACUGAUUUGCUUCCAUUCACCAUAUUAAGUUUAGCAAGCAGUUGCUGUCUGCCACUUAAUAUUUUGACAAGUAUUCACUCCAUGUGCCAAACUCAUUUAAUCUAGUCUUUCUUUCAAUCCUUAAAAAUUAUUCUUCAAAUUAUUCUUUUCAAAUGUUUAUUUUUUUUUUUUCUCACAGCUGUUCACAGUUGUGUGUAUAUAGUCUGUACAGUUUCCAAGAUUUUCUGUAUUAAUAUUCCAUGUGCCAAAUGCUUUUAGACUGUGCAAGGAGCAGCAAAGCUCCCAUCCAAAUAAUAGCUUUCAGUUUUGGAGGAAACAGUAACUAAACACUGUAAGCAAUUUUGCAAUAAAUAAUGACUCUGGUUUCUGAACACAUGCAGUUUCUUCUACAAAUUGAUGUGUGUUUGCACACACUAAUACAUUAAUUAUACACAGAAUAAAUAGUUGGACUCGUAACAGUUUUAGGUGUUUUAACCAGUUAAAACCUAUUCCGAAGUAAAACUUGAAUGGUGCUCCAUUGCAAACAGUCUUAAGCAGUGUUUCCCAAUGUGCCAACAGAAGCAGUAUGUACAUAUGUACAUGACAGGAAGCUUUGUACAUAGCCUUACCAGUUGUUUUAAUUUUUGAGUUAUUGGUGUUUUGAAAGUUGCUAUUUUAAAUGUUUUAUGUAAAGUUGAUGUGAAUCAGUACCUGACACAAUACUCAUCCUUUGCGCCACUUUCCGUGUUGCUGCAGCCUUGUCUGUGCAUCACUCACUGUGCCAGCUAGUUGUGCCAAAGAUGAUCUAGUCGUACCUAGCUCAUAGCUGUGCAUUGUUAUUUUAUGUCUUCCCCAAUGUAGCUUUGUAGACUUCAAAUCACUGCACAGAUUCUGUGGAUAUAUAUAUACUUCUUUCAGCUUAAUGAAUCUAAUUAUUUGAGUUAAUGUGUUUGAUUACAUUAAUAAACUGUUCUAUAGUUAGCCAGAUCUUAUAAAGUUUCUGCAAAUCGAACGAAAUCUUUCCUUUUCCCCCCUCUGCUUUCCAUACUUCUUUUUCCUUUCUCCACUUUGAGGCAGCUUACAUGUUUCAAACAGUGAUUCCAAUAAUACAAAAGCUUAAUAAUAAAGAUUAAAUAAUUGUCAUUCUAAGUUAAAUAAGUGAUUCCCUAAGUCAGAUCAUCGUAUUAAAACUUACAAAUAAAUUGUGCUUCAUAAGUUGCAUGACAACUAAUAAUAGGAUGUUUACCAUCACAUUCUCCUCUCAGAUUUUUUAAAAGCAAAUUUUCUUAUGAUUUACAUUUUGAAACAGACAGUAAAAGUUUCCUUUAGCAUUUAUAUUUAAAGAGAAUGACUCAUCAGAGUUUGAGCUUCAGGCCAGUCAGAUUGCAGCUGAAACUAAGACAGAAUGUUAGCUCAGGCUCCUUAGUCAGAAAUGGUGCAGAUUGAAGGCAUUCCUUCAUGUGCUUUUUUGCCUUGUCUUUGCUUUGUUUUCAAGAUUUGUUGUUGCAAACAAAUCCAGAUCAUCUUUACCAAGCAGUAUUACCUUUAGGGGUCAGGUCGUGAACCUUCAUGCUUGAAGUACUCACCUGGAUCUCCAACAGUCUUCCAUGAGAGAGAGAGAAGAGAGAGAGAAUCCCAAGUGCAUGUAUGCAUGUGUUCAUAUGCCUGUUUGCACAUAAAUUAAUUCUUAAUAUGUAUAGCCUUAUUUGUUCUGAUGUUUUGCGGGCUUUCUAGCAUCCAAAACUAAAAAUCCAAGGUCUUCCCAUAGUGAGUAGAUAUGUUUGUGUAGAGUAGCAUAGCUUAAAUUAGUUAAAUGUAAAUAAGCAUUUACUUUAUUUACUUUUGCAAUGUGCCAAACAUUUAAGGAAAAUCAAGAAAUCUCUUGCUUUCUUUACCAACUAUGUUUCACGUUAUCUGCCAGUUUUAUUAUUUAGGACCUUUCGUUCGAAGAAGAGGUACCAUGAGGUUGGAACUACAAAUCUUUGAGGUAUAUUGUCCAGUCUGAUCUCAAAAAUCGAAACAUUUGUUAAAUAUAAUACCCUCUGCUUAACUAGGUAAAAUUUCCAGGGACCAUGUUUUUUCCUUUUAAAAAAUAUGUUUAUUUCCUGCCAGAUUUUGGAGGAAGUUUAUUUCACAAUUACAUAAGUAAUAAUUAGCAUUAUGGUUUCAGACAUAUUUUUGUACUUUAUUUUGUUUUUGCAUUUAUUCGUUUUGAGUAAAUGCAGAAACAUGCAUAAAGAUUCUGCUUAUGUUGAGCUUCUGAUAGAUCAAACUUAAAAAAAAAAUAAAAACAAAGACAGCCACACAAGUGUAAAUAAGGAACUGUUAAACCUAUCCUAGUCUGCCCUUCAAAAAAAAAAAUAUUGCACAUUAGACAAAAAAUGUGUCUUUUAGGCCUUAAAAUUUCAUUUAUUGCUUAUGCAACAGUCUGUCUGUGGUCUUUUCAUUCCUACAAAGCAGUCUUGGACUUGGUCGUGUUAAUCUUUUUCGGCCAUUAAGUAACAAUAUGUUAAGUAUCUGUUUUGAAGUUUGGCCAAUGAGAGUUUCAAAAAUGGCUCAGUUACUUUCAGUUCAAGGCAAACAUAAAAUCAUGGUAUUUUGUCAUUUUUUUCAAGCAGGUCAAAUCUAAAAAGCAGAAAUUACCAGCAUUUUUUGACUUCAUGAAAAAUAAUGUUUCUAAAGCAAUAUCAUUUUGGAAGCUUGGCUAUUCCUUUGGUAACUGGAUGAAAUAAGGUGUUUGUGUGUCAUGUUUUCAGCCAUUUUUAUGCUUCAAUCCAUUGGUGCAUGCUAGCAUAAGCUGAUUUUUUAAUUUAGAGACCAGAACUGUUGCAUCUUUUGUUUUAAAACAAAAAAUGAAUGGAGCUAAUGAUCCAUUAUCACCAUUGUCUGCUGUGUUCACUUAUUCUUCUGCUUAAAGCAUACAAUUGGUUACUGACUUUUUUCUGAUGCAAUGUUUUCUUAACCUGUGAAGUGAAACUGCAUUGCUGCAUCAGGGAUAAAAAUACAGCCUGAAGGGUCCUGAUAUAUACAAAGCAUUAUAAAUUUUUGUAGAAGUAGUUCAAGUACUCAUGAAUGUAUUUUAACGUCACCACCAGUCUUCGACUCCUUGUGAUUGGUGAAACAGCAUUAUAUAUUUGCAAUACUUUUUAUACUUCUUUGUUUUGCUUUGUUCAGCAGCAUUAUUAGUAAUACUGCUCUGGCCUGAUGUUAUUUAGAACCUGUGGACUGUUUGUUGCUCAUAUGACUGAAAUAUCUGGCUUAUAGAAAUGUUUCUCACUUUGUAGGUUUCAUAUGCAGAUCAUGACAAAUUUACAAAAUGUCUUUUUGUAAUCAGCAAACUGGUGUAAUUUUUUCUGAGCAUAAAAUCAAAGCAGAGUUUGUAAAUAGUGUUGAUGUUUGUUUGCUGAUUUGUGUGUUACAGAUUAAAUGUGUUUCCAUCAUUUAGAAGUGUUUACAGAAAUGACUGCGACUCUGAAACUUAAAAAAAACAUGACUUGUUUCUAAGUUUCUGCCUUUCAGCCUAACAGAUGGUGUUUAUCCUGACAGAAAAGCACUAAUUAAACUGACUCAAAGUGCCUCUCUGUGUAAUCAGAAAUUUAUUAUGGGCAUUCAGGGCUCACGCACUUUAUUACACUAAAACACACACAAAAGAUGGCCAUUAUUUGAUUGUUGUUUUCCUUGAAGUUUGUCAGUUUGUGUGAUCUGUCCGUCGAAAUGUUUAAUUAUUAUUGUCUUAACGAUCCAGCGCCACCCAAAGUUUGGACUGCAAAUGUAGGUACAAAAGAAGAAUGGAACCAUUAUGCACUUUUUUGACAUGGAAACAUGAAGGAAAAUUUUUUUAAAUGUUGCUAACAAAAUAAAGAAUUUAUAUCUUAAUAAGCUGCCAUUCAGUAGUAGAUGCUAUCUUUCCUAUAUACAGAAAAAGCUUGAAAGAGGCUGGAUAAACUUUAUGCCGAAUGCAAAAAUCAGCAAAAGAAAUUGCACGAAUACCAAAGAUUUAUCCAAGGACUAUUUUUUUUCUCACUGCAUCAAAAUUAAUGUUCAUAAGUAAUUCAUUUUAUUCCUGUCUUGUGAACAUGUCAGACCAUGUGGAGAAUGCUUCAAAAUGCAACUCAUUUCCUUAGAUCCCCAAAGUUGAAUUUGUCCAUCUGCUUGCAUAUUUUUCAUCAUAAAUUGAAAAAUCUGCAUCCAGAUUUUGGGAUAGCAACAAUUAUGGGUAUUAUCCAAAUGAGCAAUCUCUUCAGAGGUGGAAAUCAGCUGAUAACUUGUAAUCAUUGUCAGAUAACAUGUUGUACAAAUGGCUGAUCAAAUAUAAUUCUUUCCACUAGUGAGGGAAAUUUCUGCUCAUGACUCCAUUUGAUGACUUUAUCUUGGGCUGAGAACAUAUUUCACGUAUCCACUGUUAUUUUAAUUGUACAUUUUCUGCAAUGUAUUUAGCUUGUGUAUGAAUUGUAUUCUUGUAGUUUAUGUUUGUGUUGUCUUCCUGUUUAGACGUAGAGAGUUUUGACAAUGUAACAUUUUUAAGAAAAACUCUCACUAAAUAUUAUACCAGAAAAGCAAUAUUACUAUUAUAUCCAUAUUUUGGCUUCAGAAAGAUGGGUGUAAAUUCAACCAUGACCAAACUGGAUGUACAUGUCUUCUAUACAAAAACAGAUUUUUAUUUGUGUCGUUAUUGUUCUUUGCCUUCUUAUGGAAAAAUGAAGUUCAUAUGGAGAGUAAAUGAAAAUUCUAGUCAAAAACAUUUUUCUUAUUAACCACUGUUUAACGAAUCAUCAUUAGUGUACAGUUGAUUGUGUUCCAAGUAUUAACAGAGCUGAACAUUUUAAAAAGAAAUUUACUGAACUGUAGCAUUGCCUAGUGCAUGUGGACCCGUUACGUUCUUUUGCUUGUUAUGUGGUUUUAAGCAUAUCAUGUACCAAAUUACAGUCUUCUUUUUCUGUCUAUACAUUCACAAAAAUUGCUAUAGUCCUGACCAAUUGUAAGUCUGGCAGGCAACGUUUCAGAUGACUUUCCAAAAUGUCAACUUCGACAUUCCAUAUACUUUGCUUUUCCAACAAUUGACAAAAACAAAGAUGACACUUUGAUUGCUUUUAAUUGCAUUAUGCUUAUUGAAGAGUUUAUUUUCUGUUUUGUUGAUAUCCUUGUUGUCAUUGUAUUUUUAUGCACAUUUGAUGUGCUGCAUAUUACAGAAGAAACCACAUAUUUUCUAUUUUAGGAAAUUGUGGCUUACAGACAUUUUAACAUGGUCUGAGUCAUUGAUGUUCAUUUAUAAACAUUUCUGAGGAAUUCCAAGUUAUAGCUUUUAAUUUUUAGUACUAAUGCUUAUAGGGAAGAGCAAUAAAGAGUAUCUUGGCAAUAUUAUCAAAUAAUUCAAAGCAUCCAUAUCAUAGUCACUUGUAGUUUAAGAUUGAUACUAACAAAAAAAUAUAAAAUUAAAAGUAGUGCCAACACUUAGUGUCAUAGUUUGUGGCAUAUACAUUGACAGUUGAAGGUAAGCAGGAAAAGUUUGCCCAAAGAUAUGGCUGACAGCAUGAGACAAAGAUUUUAGAAUGACAUUACUUCUCAUUAGUGUCUGAUUUUUUAUGGUAUUUUUCUCUCUUCUUCAGAAUACAUGGAUUUUAGAAAAACACUAAACACUUAUCAUCUGUGAUUUCUCGUGAUCAAAUCAGCAAUGCCUUUUACUUGCCUAUUUGUUUAGUUGCAAGAUGCACUAGUUUGUCUAAAACAAAAGCCAUAUUCUGUUUGUGCACAUCUUCAUGUUUUGUUUUUUUUUUCUGAAAUGUCUUAAGGGUCUCUCUUUGACACUUUUAAUAAUUAGGUGCAGGCAUAUAAAAUGGGUCCUAUAUCUACUUAAUAAAAAACACAUUUAAAGGGCUCCAUGUUAUAAGUCAUUAUUUACACAUGCCAUCUAUAUAUUGCACAUAAUCUAAAAAAUAAUAUACAGGUUAAUAGCAAGCUUUUCCCCAAUUUUUUUUCCUGUUUAUGCAGUCUGAAUGCAUCAAAAGAAAGUGGAUAUUUGCUGAAUUUGUGAUUCCUUUUAUUUCUUUGGAAGAAAUCUUGAACAAUAAAAUUGUUAUAUACCUCAAGUGUUGCUAGGAUCUGAUCAUUUUAAACAUAUGCGGCCAGUAGGGAACAUAUGUCAUAAAAUGGAUUUUUUUUUGUGUUUGGUUUUAAAUACAUGCCUUUGAAAUGAAAUUAUAACAAGUGGGAGAUAACUGUCUCAAUUCUAGUCUCAUGAAUAUUUCACUAGUCAUUUUGAGAUUUGUUUGAUGAUUAAGUUUGUGAUGAAUUUGUUGUUUUGGGAUCUUCUUGAAUGUUCUUUUAACAUUCAGUUUGUAUGACCUUUUCAUGGAAUAACUCCAGUUCAUCAUUCUUAAUACACUACAUGCAAUACAAUAUUUGACUGUAGCAGUCUAGUUGCAACAGUUUUCAACUGAAUGUUGUUCUACUUUGUGGUGUGUUGUAACGUACAUUCUUUGAGAUGUUGGCUGUAUAUUUGAAUUUCUUACAGUGAAAGAUGUUGUGGUAUAGCCAUUGGUUUGUCAGGGUCAUAUGACCUCAAAUCAUAAAAUGUAGUAGGAAAAGCUGUAGAGUUUUGGUUCUCAAUCAUACUCAUGGUUCCAACUUGAAUCUUUGCUGUCUUUACAGAUGUAUUUACUCUUUUGUUGAAUAAACAACAAGUUUUAUAAGAAGUA